UGACCCGUGCAUCUAUAUUUACAAGAGACUUCCUUGUAGAAAAACAAUUAUGAUGAACCUAUUGAUUAGAAGAUCUGUGUCAGUGACAAAUUUCCCCAUUUUGGAUUUCGAUUCACCUAACACCGUGGAUGUUCACCGGAGAUGCGUUUUCAUAGUUCAUAUUUGGCGACAGAUUUGUUGAUAAUUUGACGACCAAUUGCAACCAUGGAUACAUUAAGUAAUGAUCUUUUCUACGAUAUCCUAAGACGUGUAGAUGGUGCAACCCUAGCAAGCGCGUCGUGUUCUUGCGCAACAUUUAAUACCAUCUCAAAAGAAGAAAGAUUAUGGGAAGAUGUCUGUUCUUCAAUGUGGCCUUCAACCAAAAGAGACGAUGUGAAAACUUUAAUAUCAUCAACUGGUGGGUUUAAAAAGUUCUAUGCAGAUUGUUUCCCUCUGAUAGUAAACAAAGAUGUUCCUGAGUUUCCAGAAGAAUGGAUGGAGGAUGAAUACUAUGGCGAAGAAGAUGAAUUAGAAAACGUUUCACCUUCUGAUUUUGUGUCACUAGUGGAUAUCAGAUAUAAAGAAAAGACUAUAUGUUCUAAAGUCAUUUGGGGGAUACCGAAUGCAAAUGUUUACAAUGGUUGGUUUUCCGAUUGUCCUUUCAGAAUCGAUCUUUUUGCAUAUUCAGAUAGAGAUGAUGAUGAUGAUGAUGAUCAUAAUGAUCAUGCAGGGGAAGUAAUUACUCUUUCUGUUUCCGAUGGCCUGCCGCCUGUCACCUCCCUUGAAAGAGAGAGAAAAGAUGGGAAGUUAUGGCAAGAGCUUCGUGAUGGGAUUAAACUGAGUUGGAUAAUCGUUAAUUCAAAAGCAAAACAAGCUGCAAAUUUAUCAAGUUGGUGUGCACUCGAUGGUCAAAGACACUGGCCAACAAACAAAGAUUUCUUGUUACAAUUCGGAUCCAUUGUACCUGCCAAACAGAUUCUUCCAUGUCGGGUAGUUAAAUGUAUAAUAGCAAUGAAGUUUCGAGUGACAGAUGUCGAGGGUAGUGGGACCCACACGACGUUAAAUUUGACCGAACUUUGUAUGCAACUGGGUGACAUGGAAGGUGUUCAUGUUAAUGGGAGAAACAGUUUGCUUGUGCUUAAAGAAGCAUUGAGAUGUGAUCGUAGCAAGAAUUAUAGUCUGGUGGUGGAGUCUUGUAGGUUGUACGCGAAGGUUCAGAGUGAGAUUAGAGAAGAGAAGAUUAGGCAUGAAAAUAUGUUGGAAAGACUCCAUAUUUUGGGUAGUAUUACGGCUUUUGUAUUGUUGUGUUGCUACUUUAUGUGAAAUAGAAUAGAAUAUAAUCAAUAUAUAGCGACUUGGGUGCACCAAGGUUUUGACUGUAUGGUCAACAGGCCAAGGGUUUGACUUUCGAGUCAUAAAAUUGAAAAUACUCAAAAUAGAGAAGUUGUUUCUUCUAGCUAGCAAAUGUGGUGUAUAGUAAAAGUUUUAGUAAAAAUAUGAGAUUUAAGAUCGGAUUAUUGUACUUCGAAACUUGGUGUAAGUAGAACAUGUCGACUAUGGUGAUA